AAGGGUUUCUGGCUGUGCCAUGACCCAAUCCUGAGCGGCAGGAACAGGAAUUCUGGCACUGGGGACUGGAGUACCCGGCUGAUGAUGGCUGCCCGGUAGCCCAGCCGGUAGAGCUAGUUUCUAAUCUGUGUCCUCAUUUAAGAGACGCGAUGUUUUAAUCAUCCUUGUAUGAACCAUUUCCAUUGUUAGUCCAUUAUGGUCAGACAACACACUGUGUAGGGUUUCAGUUGUUAGUGGUUGAGGAUGGCAGAAUAGUUCAUCUUGAUAAAUAAGCUCUGCUGCUUUAAGAAAUGUGUAAGCAAGUGCCCAUUAGCUUAGUAUGUUAAACACUCAUCCAUAAAACCAAAGGAACUGUUCCCUUGAUCAGAAUUUUGUACAUCAGUUCUCUCUUAUUGAUACUUGCUUAGUGUUUCCACAUCCUUGCUGACUGCUUGCUUACUGACUUCAUCAGCUCUAGAGAAAAGUGCACUGAGUGUCCAGCUCCUCCUGGAGUUUGCCUGUUUGUCCUCAGCUCUCUCUCCUUCCUUCCACCCUUUCGUGCAGUGUGGGUGCGUGAGUGUCUGCAUGCCUGCAGGCAUGUCUCUCUCGCUCUCUCUGUCUCUGUCUCUGUCUCUCUCACUGUAUGUGUGUUGUGUAUGUGUGUGGUGUGGUGUGGUUUGUACACAUUUGAGGUCACCGGGUGUUUUUUGGCGCAAUGACCAUAUUCCAUUGUAAUGUCCCUUUUUAUCUGUAGAUUUUUCGGUGCCUAGACAGAGUAUACUUGGGUCGAGUUUUUUAAAUUAUUGUUUCAACUUCUUGGUUCAUCAUUUAUUAUUCUGAUCUCUUACCAUUAGCUGAGGAAACACAGACCAUUUUGUAUACUUAUUCUUAUAUGAGGAUUUUUACUCCUUAACUGUAUUGUUUUCUGUUUGUAUUUCUGUUUCUUUAUUCUUCUGUUAUCACUUCCCUGUGUGUUUCUUGGACACUUUCCUAGUAGUUGCGAUUUUAUCCAUUCUCAUUCUUUCAUUACAUCUCUCUUAUCAUCCUGUCAGAGCCUGUUCUGUUAUGAAAUUGCUCAAGGAGCUUAUGAGACUCUUGACUCUGCCAACACCAUUUCGCACAUGAAACAAAUCGACUACAAAAGUGACUGACCCCUAUCCCCCUCCAUGACACAGCUGUCUCCGGUGUUGUCUUCACUCACACUGAGAACCACAUCAGACACAGCAGUGUCCUGUGCAGCUGGAAAUCAAAGGCAGAAGAGUCUGAGGCCUUUGUUCCUUACUCCUCCUCCCAUAGCUCUGUCUGUUUUCUGACUCUUCAAGUUCACAGUUUCCUUUCUGCCCUCAGGCCCAUUCUUCCCAGGUUCUUUCAGAGCAGACAGCAGCAGAAGGAAACUUCUUAGCUUUGCCCCACUCAGAAUGCCUGUCCCCUUCAUUCUCAUGCUCACUUUCCCCAGAUUUUAGGACACAAGGUUGACAAUCUGCUGCACUUAAUGUUUUUAGAUCCUGCCCCCAACUUCAUUCUGGUAUCACCGUAAUUACUAAACUAUUUUCACUCAGCUUUCAAGCUAUUAUCUGGGUUUCUAGUUUUCAUGCUGAUAUUGGUGGUUUCCUUCACUUGUGGCUUAAUGCUUUUGGCUACUUCGUGGUAAGUCUGUAUUUUGCCGGACUAGGAAGUUUCCACCACUCACCAAGAAUUUUCUUACCUCUGCUUUCCCUUUCCUGUGUUUGGUGGACACUGAGGCCCAGCUGUGCAUCUCUGGUUCUGGGCCUUGCUCUUCACCAUCUGCUUUCUCUGCACUGUGCAGGGUGGCUGCUUCUCAGCCCUGCAGAGCCUAUGGGUGUUCUCACAUCACUUCUCUGCUGAGCUCUUCUGUGCAGACUUGCACUCACACCACUGCAGCUUUCUGUCCUCGCUUUUCCCUUUGCUUCCUCUCUGUAUUUUUCAUUUCUUUGUUGAGACAUGCCCACAGUUUUUAAAAUUUGUGACAUUUGCUUUAAAAUAUUUUAUUUUACUAAUCUCAGGCUGUGUCACAUCAAUAGACUUGAGAUGUUCCUGUUUUAAGGUGAGUAAUUUUACUUGCACAGGUAGCCUCUAAGGGAUCUGAAUAGCCACUUUUUUGAGUGGUGAUUCAAACAUAAAUUAAGGUUAUCUAGAGUCAAUAGUGUGAAUCCUGGUUGUCUCUGUGUGUGAUUGCCCACUCCCACAGGAAUUCACCUGACAGUGCUAUCUGCACAGUCUGCUGAGAAUGAGGAUAGCUGCAAAUGAGAGCACCAUCAGAAUAAGGGGACACAGAGUCGGAGACAUCUACCUUCAUCUUUUCUCUGAGGAGGAAACACUUUUGUUAUCAUAAGAGAGGAUAGAAGACCAGUGUCCCACCGCAGGCUCCUUUGCAAACUGUCUUUGUAACAGUGUGGCUGUGUAGCCCAUUGUUUUGCUCAGGGACUCAACCCAAAUGUGAUACCAAGGCAGAGUGAGUAAUAGAGCUCUGCCCCUGAACCUCACUACUGCAACCUAUUGAAGCGUUGGAGAAGUUCACAUUGUUUUAUGGUGUUUAACUCAAAGACAUAGAGGCAAGAAGGCAGACAUCUUGUCCUACUGGACUGCACUUUUUUAUGGCUUUGGCUAAAGACUGAAAACUCUGAUGGGUGUUUACCUUCUGCCCACUACUGUUGUGAUUAACAUGAUUAAGUAACUGCUUACUUGAACCAUAGUUUCCUAAAAAUAUUGACCUAUAUCUUUCUUUUGGUGCUAUAUUAGAUGUGAUUACAGGCCUUGGGGAAAUGCCUAAUGUCACAGCAAUGGUUCAUGAUGAAACUGGGCCUGAGCUCUUCUUUGCAGUUGAGUUAUUUUUCAUCCAUUUAUUUUGUACUUUAUAUGAGUUUACAUUUUGAGAUUUCUGGACACAAACAAGUGGAUAAAUGGUUUAAUUUACUUGUAGUUGUUUGGAUUCUUGCCAUUGGUAAACAGUCCUCACAGUCUGGUGGCCUUCCCUCUGGUUCUCAUCUUCCUCUUCAUUCAGGCUCCAUGACAGGCACACAUGGCAGCUGCUCUUUAUAGCAUUUCCACUUUCCACUGAGCAACUAGUUGAGGAAAACAGGAAUCUGGCUUCCCUUUGUUGUUUACCAGGGUAAUGGCAAAGAAGGGCUUGAACCCAAAAUUAUUUGACUCAAUGCUUAUUCUCUGCCCUUCCUGCCUCCCUCUUCAUGACAUAAUUAGUGGCUGUUUAUUCAUGGACUUAUUUAGUGAAUAAACAUUCAUUAAAUACACACCAUCACAGGCACAAUGCAAGAUGAUUGUAUGUAGAAUCUGUUCACCAAGUGUGGCAUCAGAUCAGAUCACAAUGGUUGAGAAGUUCUGUGAAUAGCCUUUGGUAGAAGGAUGGCCUAAAUAGGGCUGCCCUAAAAGGAAUGUUUAACAAGUACCUAGUGGAGUAGAACUAUAAGUCAUUCUAAAUGGAGGAGCUGGCAUGAGUUAAGACACAGUGACAGAGAUGAAGCUGGCCUUCUUGUUGAGUAUGUGGAAACUGUGUUUCCCACCCACCACACAAAUUCCAAAGUUUCGUUAUUGCACCUUACUGAAUAAUUUUAAGAACAUUUUUCCUAAAUAUUCAUUUUCUUUUUAUUUAUGAAUGUGUGUAUGUCUGUAUGUGUGUAUGUCUGUAUGAGCACAUACCUGCAGAGGCCAGAAGAAGACUCUGUUAGAUCCCCUGGAAAUGGAGUUACAAGCAAUUGUGAGCCAACCAGUAUGGGUGCCAGGAACCAAACGGUGGUCCUCAGUAAGAGCAAGAAGUUCUUUUAACCAUCACUUCAGCCCUGGAACAUGCUUUAAACAAGGGAAAGUCUCAUCAGUCUGAAGUGUUUGUGAAGAAGUAUGGAAACAUAAUUAGCCUGGAUUUUGGUAACAUCCCCGCAGUGGUCAUAACUGGACUGCCCUUAAUCAAAGAAGUUUUCACUCACAUGGAACAAAACUUUUUGAAACGCCCCAUUACACCUAUCAGAGAACGUGUCUUUAAUAACAGUGGAUUGAUCAUGUCCAAUGGACAGACAUGGAAGGAGCAAAGACGGUUCGCAUUGAUGACACUCAAGAACUUCGGAUUGGGGAAGAAGAGCUUAGAGCAGCGCAUACAGGAGGAAGCCCACUGUCUCGUGGAGGCCAUGGGAGAGGAGAAAGGACAUCCUUUUGACCCUCAUUUCAAGAUCAACAAUGCAGUUUCCAAUAUCAUUUGCUCCAUCACUUUUGGGGAACGCUUUGAGUAUGAGGAUGGUCAGUUUCAGGAGCUGCUGAGGUUAUUAGAUGAGGCCACAUGUUUGGAGACAUCAAUGUUGUGCCUGCUCUACAAUGUCUUUCCAUCCAUAAUUACACAUCUUCCUGGACCACACCAAACAGUUUUCAGAAACUGGGAAAAACUGAAAUUGUUUGUUUCCCGAAUGAUAGACAGUCACAGGAAAGAUUGGAAUCCUGUUGAGCCGAGAGACUACAUUGAUGCUUUUCUUACAGAAAUGACAAAGUAUCCUGACAAGGCUACGACAAGUUUCAAUGAAGAAAACCUCAUCUGCAGCACUCUGGAUCUCUUCUUUGCUGGAACAGAGACAACAUCUAACACGCUGCGCUGGGCUCUGCUCUACAUGACUGUAAACCCAGAAGUGCAAGAGAAAGUACAGGCUGAGAUUGAUAGAGUGAUUGGCCAUGACAAGCAGCCAAGCACAGACGACCGAGAGUCCAUGCCCUACACCAAUGCUGUCAUCCAUGAGGUGCUAAGGAUGGGCAACAUCAUCCCCUUGAAUGUUCCCAGAGAAGUAACCGCUGAUAGCACAUUGGCUGGGUACCACCUGUCAAAGGGUACCAUGGUCCUGACCAAUUUGACUGCUCUGCACAGGGACCCCAAAGAGUGGGACACUCCAGAAACUUUCAAUCCAGAGCAUUUUUUGGAGAAUGGAAUGUUUAAGAAGAGAGAAUCUUUUCUACCAUUCUCAGUGGCAUUCGAAACAGAGAUCAUGAAAUCUGAAUACACCACCAUCUUUUCAAAGUCUUUAAAUAUUCAGCUUAUUUUUGGUGAUGAUCCUUCGAAGGAAAGAGAGCCUGCCUGGGAGAACAACUGGCCAGGUCUGAGCUGUUCAUUUUCUUCACUGCUCUUAUGCAAAAAUUCACCUUCAAGCCCCCAGUCAAUGAGAAGCUGAGUACGAACUUCAGAAUGGGCCUUACCCUUUCCCCAGUCAGUCACUGCAUCUGUGCUGUCCCUAGACAGUGAUGCUGGAGAAGGAAAGAAAAGGGAGAGAAGAAACGACAUGCACUUUAAAGCCACUGAUGCCUACACACACGGGAGGAAACAGGAUGAAGACAGCUGAGGAAAGAUAGGAGGAAUUAGAGUAAGGAAAUCAAAUCAAAUUCCUGCUUGCUGGACCCCCAAGUUGGCCCUGGUUAUGUCAUUUAUGAACUCAUUAGAAUCGCUAAAGUGAGUAACUAUUAUUUCCAUUUUAACCUGCAUUAAAAAUCCUAUUUAACUUAUAAUUCACAUGGCAAAAGGUGUGCCUUCAAGUCUCUUCAGCCCUCCUUUUGUAAACAUGCAGUUACUUCUGGCCUGUAGAAAUGGUUCAUUUGGAAAUGGUACAAAGAGAGCAAUUGUGAUGCUGUUGAUCUAGUUGUAUACACGACUCUCAUCUUAAAUGGAAUAAGAGGUAGUUUAUUCUGGAUCCAUUUUGAGUGAUCAUGGCCCAGCAAUACGGGUUCAGGUUACCACAAAUUCCAUGUUCCAACACUAAAGCAGUUUUAUAGUUUUACAGAACAAAAAGUUAUGGAUCAAGGCAAGUUUAAAAUACAUUGGUGGGUACAUCAGAGAAGUAUGUACAGGAAGAUGGGGGAAGUUUCUGUAUAGACCUCAGGUGCCUUGGACCUGUAACAUUCCAACCUUUCUUGAAAGUACUGAACUUCUAAUGGGUCAACCAGUCUUUGCAGAUACAGCUUCUUUUUUAAAUAUAUAUAUAUAUAUAUAUAAAAUAAAAAAUAUAUAUUUAUAUAUACUUUAUUUAUUUUUUAUUAUUAGUUACAUUUUAUUAACUCUGUAUCCCAGCUGUAUCCCGUUCCCUCAUUCCCUCCCAAACCCUCCCUUCCUCAUCUCCUCCCUGCCCCUUUCCAAGUCCACUGAUUGGGGAGGACUUCCUCCCCUUUCAUCUGACCCUGUUUUAUCGGGUAUCUUCAAAACUAGCUGCAAAUUCCUCCUCUGUGGCCUAGCAGGACUGCUCCUCCCUUCCAAGGUGGGGAGGUCAAAGAGCCUACUAUUGAGUUCCUGUCAGAAAUAGUCCCUGUUCCCCUUACUAUGGGAAACCAGUUGGUUACUGAGCUACCACGGUUUCAUCCGAGCAAAGGUUCUAGGUUAUAUCCAUACAUGGUCCUUGGUGAAGUGUCAGUCUCAGAAAAGACCCCUGUGUCCAGAUAUAUUUGGUCUUCAUAUUCAAAUAUUGGUCCAAAUAUUCAUAUAUUUCGAGCUCAUAUUCUUUCCACUUCAUACAAACUCCCCCUUCCUUCAUAUGAUUCCCUGCACUCUGCCGAAGGUUUGGUUAUGAGUCUUAGUAUCUGCUUUGAUAUACUGCUAGGUAGAGUCUUUCAGGGGUCCUCUGCGGUAGGCUCCUGUCCUGUUACUUGUUUUCUCCUACUUCCAAUGCACAUUCCAUUUGUCUUUCUAAGUGAGGAUUGAUCAUCUUACCACGGGUCCUCUUUCUUGUUUAUCUUCUUUAGGUGUAUAGAUUUCAUUGUGUUUAUCAUAUCUUUUAGGACUAUAUGAGUGAGUAUAUACCAUGUGUGUCUUUCUCCUUCUGGAAUACCUCACUCAGAGUGAUCUUUUCUAAUUCCCACUAUUUGCCUGCAAAUUUCAUGAUUUCCUCAUUUUUGAUUGGUGAGUAGUAUUCCAUUGUGUAAAAAUACCACAAUUUCUGUAUCCAUUCCUCCAUUGAUGGACAUCUGGGUUGUUUCCAGGUUCUGGCUAUUACAAAUAAAGCUGCUACAAACAUGGUUGAGCAAAUGUCCUUGUUGUGUAC